AUGUUGGGUCCAACAUGCUUCCGCUUGCGCUUCCCUAAACCGGCCAACUUUACCACCUUCACCAAACUCUUCCGAGAUAUUCAUGAAAGUGGAAAUCAAGACAUCGUGACCAAUAUGAAGAAAAUCAUCAAAAUGGCUAGGAAGUGGCAGAGGGUGGCUGCCAUCAGGAGGAAAAGAAUUUCGCCACCACCCACCGAAGAUCAUGCUGGUACCAGCAGUAGCAGUUCAUCAUCAGUGGCUGAUAAAGGCCAUUUUGUAGUGUACACGACCGACGAAAAACGAUAUGCUUUCCCUAUUGCUUAUCUUAACAAUCACAUCUUUAGAGAGCUCUUCAAAAUAAAUCAAGACAUCAUGACCAAUAUGAAGAAAAUCAUCAAAAUGGCUAGGAAGUGGCAGAGGGUGGCUGCCAUCAGGAGGAAAAGAAUUUCGCCACCACCCACCGAAGAUCAUGCUGGUACCAGCAGUAGCAGUUCAUCAUCAGUGGCUGAUAAAGGCCAUUUUGUAGUGUACACGACCGACGAAAAACGAUAUGCUUUCCCUAUUGCUUAUCUUAACAAUCACAUCUUUAGAGAGCUCUUCAAAAUGUCAGAGGAAGAAUUUGGAUUACCAAGUGAUGGGCCUAUCACAUUACCCUGUGAUGCACUAUUCAUGGACUAUGCUGUCUCUUUAAUCAAGCGCCGCACACCAAAAGACUUAGAGAAAGCUUUGCUUAUGUCCAUUGAUAGUAGUAAAUGUUCAUCAUCUUUCUCUCUACACCCACAAAAUUGGACUCCGCAAUUACUUGUUUGUAGUUUCUGA